AUGCCAUUUUUUUCUAAACGAAAAUCAAACAAAAAAUCUGUGAUAAGUGGUAGUAUUCCAUCAUCAACUUCAUCACAAACAGCAACAGAUGCAAAUACAAGUGCAUCAACACGAACAACUCCCCAAAAAGAAUCUUCUAAACCAUUUUCUUCAAAUGGCCAUCUUCCAACCACUCCUAAGUCUUCUAAUAAUGAUAAACAUCAUAAUGCAACAAAACUUGUAUUUCAUUGUCAAUUAGCUCACGGUAGUCCAACUGGUCUUAUAUCAGGUUUUAGUAAUGUUAAAGAAUUAUAUCAAAAAAUAGCUGAUUGUUUUGAAAUACCAGCAUCAACAAUUCUAUUUUGUACAUUGAAUACACAUAAAAUUGACAUGACUAAAUUAUUAGGGGGACAAAUGGGUUUAGAUGAUUUUAUAUUUGCACAUGUCAAAGGACAAACCAAAGAAAUAGAGGUUGUCAAAUCAGAAGCAGCUCUUGGAUUGACUAUUACUGAUAAUGGAGCAGGUUAUUCUUUUAUAAAACGAAUUAAAGAAGGAAGUGUUAUUGAUCGACUUAAAAAUCUUGUUAAAAUUGGUGAUCAUAUUGAAAAAAUAAAUGAUAAAUCAUUUGUUGGUACACGUCAUUUUGAAGUAGCUAAAGCACUGAAAGACAUUCCUAUUGGUUCAACACUUACAUUACGUCUAGUUGAAGCAAAUGCUUUUGGAUUUCAAAUUGAACCACGUACACGUGGUCAGAAGAAAGGUGAUGUUAAAAGUGGUACAAAAACUCUCCGUUUUAAAGCUGAUGGUAGAGCAACUAUUGAAGAAGUUGAUGAUACAAUGGUUAAAGUCAUAGAUCGUAUUAAUGGUCUUCUAGAAACUUAUAUGGGUAUAAAUGAUUCUGAUCUUGCACAACAAAUUUGGGAUUUAGCACAAAAUAAAAAGAAUCCAAGUGAUUUUGCUGUCGCUAUUGAUGAAUCCGAUAUUGGUACAUUUAAUUUUACAGACGAAUUUAUUUUUGACAUAUGGGCUGCAGUUGAUGAUAUUAAAGCUGGACGUGUGUCAGAACAAGAGGAUAUUGAAAAUGAACGGUUGUAG